AUGGAUGAAGAAGUAAAUUAUAAAUCACUCUAUGAAGAAAAAUAUGAAGAAUUAGAAUCAUUCAAAAAAGACUUCGAAGAAUACCAAGGUAAUUUAUAAACAGAAAGCAAUAAGCGCUUUGAGCUAGAAGUUGAAGAAGAAAUAGAACAAUUGAUGGUCGCAAAACUUGAGCUGGAAAGAGAAAAUAAAGCUUUGCAAGAAAAGCUAGAAAAAGCUAAAGGCUCUUUAGCUAAAAAAACUAAAGAGCUUGAAGCCAUGUCUCAAAGAUUGAAGACUACAUCAUCAACGACAUCAGGAGAAAUUGAUGCAUUAAAGCAAAGACUGAAAGAAGUGGAAACAGAAAAUGAAGUUUUAAGAGGAAGAGUUAGGGAAAAAGACCAAAAUAUUGGCGAUUUAACUAAAUUUUAUCAUAAAACGCUAGAAGAGUUGUCAUUGGCUGGGUCAGAGCUAGAGAGGAUUAAAACGACAAAAGAAAAAGAGUCCCAAAAGCUGAAAGAGCAUGUAAGCGAACUUACACAGGAACUGCAAAUAAUUAGAAGACCUAAUUUGCAAGCAGCUGAACUAGAGCAGCCACCUCCAGAAAAAGAUUUUAAAAUUAAAUUUGAUACAAACGUGCAGAAUAAAGAUCCAUUGGAUAUGAUAGAUUCCUUAAUCUGACAAGAAAUAAAAUGGUGAUGUUGAUGGAAAUUGAAAUCUGAGGCGCAGUUCUUAUGAGCAGGUAGGACAGAUCCUGAUGAAGCUGAAAGUAGGGCCACUGUCUUUUUUUGAAGUAGGCUUUCAUGCUUUGGUGAUUUAUUGCCGAAGAGGGAAGUUUAUUUCUCCAGUGAAACUUUCUUGUCCCUGCCAGAAGUGCUAGACGAGUUUUACCUACCAAAUGGUCCUUGUCAGGACCAGCGGGGCACUUUUCAGAUGGCAGCUCUGCCCAAGGGAGCUAAUCUCCUGGACAUGUGUUUCAGGUCGGAAAUUCAAGAUGGUGGCCUUCCAUUUCCUCAUUUGUACUAUGAGGUUUGUAGAGGCCACUCUUUUGGAGCCGAGACGAGGCAAAGACUAGUGGGCUGCUCGCUUAUAGCUAGAUAACCUUUUAAUUCAAUAUUUUAAUCCUGACAAUUUCUAACAGCUUAGACGAGUAUAAAUCUUCGUAUGCAUUGAAAUAA